AUGUCGUAUUUCAGAAAGAAAUUUAUGGAGAUUUCAGUAAAAGCAGUGAAAGAUGUAGAAAAGAUGACUCAAGAACAAAAGCUGUUUACUUAUGAUGGUGUUGCAUACCCUACAGCUCUUUGUAGCUCAGAGGUCUUCAAAGCUCUUGAGUCUUUUGAAGCAAGGAGUGAUGAUGUCAUUAUAGCUUCAUAUUGUAAAUCUGGUUCUUUCUGGAUUGGUCAGAUUGUUACAGAUUUAGUAAUAACCUCUGCAAAGAAACAUGAACCUCACAAGCUGAGUGAAGAGCUGCUGCUGGCAGAAUAUCCCUAUCUGGAAAUUGGAGAUCCUGAAAAGUAUCAGAGGAUGAAGUCCCAUCGUUCCAGGAGAGUGUUAUUUACUCAUCUCCGUGCUGAUAAACUUCCAAAGUCAGUCUUCAAGAACAAAGCCAAAAUCCUGAUGAUUGUUCGGAACCCCAAAGAUGUUGCUGCAUCCUUUUUCCAUUUUUCAAACAUGUAUGCUCCAUACCCAUCACAUGAUACUUUUGGAACAUUCUUUGAAGCCUUCAUAAAGGGAGAAAUGCCUUUUGGAUCCUAUAUUGACUAUCAUUGUGUGUGGAACAAGUAUAUCGAUGAAGAAAAUGUCAUGCCGAUAACAUAUGAAGAAAUGAAAGAGAACACAGCUUUAGGAGCUGAAAAGAUGGCUAAAUUCUUUGAACUGAAUCUAAGUGAUGAAGACAUUCAGAGUGUUGUAGAAAGGACCACUUACAAGGCUAUGAGCGACAAUGCUAAAAAAACCUAUGAAGAAUUUGGUGAUUGUCUUUUCCAUGAAGGUGGUGUGAGUGACUGGAAGACACUUUUUAGUCAAGAAAAUAACCAGGAAAUGGACAUGGUAUUUAAAGAGCAUUUGGCAGGAACCAAAGUGGGAGAAAUGAUCAAGUAUGAUGUCUACUGCAAGACAUGAAACCUCUGGAAGAGAUACUUUCUUGGAGUGAAUUGAAAAAGAUCUCACUUUGCCUCAAUAUGAAACAAAUAUUUGUUAUAAAAGAGAUCCAGCUUUCUAGAAUAAAUUUUCAAUCAGUUAAA